AUGGAGCCGGCGAUGGACGACAUCGACUACUCGGACAUCGAGGCGAAGUACGCCGUACCUCUGGAUGAGGGCCUUGAGAACGUGAUUGUUAUCAAUGGCGUUCCUGUGAUCACAGAGGCGAAGGAACAGCGUUUGCUUGAGGCCAUCCAGAAGCGCUUCCGCACAUACGCUAACAUCGAGUUGGACUUGGCAUCGAUUCACAUGCUGUAUGCCGACAAUGGCGAAAGUAAGGGCUAUGUCGUGAUUGAACUGCAAGACGCGGAUGAGGCGACGCAUGCCAUUCGCACCAUGAACGGCUAUGCCUUCGAUAAGAAGCACCGCUUCGUGGUGAGCCGGUUCACUGACGUUGAGCGUCUGGCGAAUAUGGACGAGACGUACCAAGACCCCAAGGAAGAGCCAUUCGAGCAGCGCGGGCACUUGCGCUCGUGGCUCAUGGACGAGGCCGGCCGCGACCAACUCGUCAUGUGUGCGCGCGACGACGUGCAGGUCAUGUGGCAUAGCCGGACGGCGCAGCCGCUCGAGGCGCACAAGCGGACCCGCUGGACCGAGUCCUAUGUGCAGUGGUCGCCGCUCGGUACCUAUCUCACUACCUUCCACCUGCAGGGUAUCGCCCUAUGGGGUGGCCCGACGUGGGAGCGCAUCAUGCGAUACCCCCAUCCGGGUGUGCGCCUCGUUGACUUUAGUCCGGAUGAGAAAUACAUGGUAACCUGGUCGCCGGAGCCUAUCCAGGUGCCUGAGAAUGCGCCGCAGGGUCCUCAGUUCUUCGCACCUGAGGACGAGGGCAACAGGGUGGCUGUCUGGGAGGUCCGCACCGGUCAUCUGCUGCGCACAUUCCCGAUUGUGCAAGAGGAUUCGGCGGGCCCGAACGGUGUCGCUGUGAAGGGCUUCAGCUGGCCCUACCUCAAGUGGAGUGGCGACAGCAAGUAUUGUGCAAAAGUGACGCCGGGCAAGUUCAUCAGCGUGUACGGACUGCCCUCCAUGGGCCUGUUGGACCAGAAGAGUAUCAAGGUGGAAGGCGUUGUGGACUUUGAGUGGUGUCCCUUGGGUGACAAAGACAAGGAGGCAUUGGAGCUGUGGAAGGACGGCAAGAACCCGAACCUGCCAAAGGGCUUCAAGAAGCCCCGGGACAAUAUGCUGGUGUACUGGCAGCCUGAGGUGCAGAAUCAGCCUGCUCGUGUCACGGUCAUGAGUGUCCCUAGCCGGGAGAUUCUGCGCUCGAAGAACCUCUUCAACGUCGCCGACUGCAAGCUGCACUGGCACCCGCAAGGCGACUAUCUGUGUGUCAAGGUGGACCGGCAGACGAAGACCAAAAAGACAGUGUUCUGCAACUUUGAACUGUUCCGCAUGCGCGAGAAGGACUUCCCCGUCGAGGUGGUCGAGCUUAAGGACCCUGUGGUAGCCUUUGCGUGGGAGCCCCAGGGCAGCCACUUUGCGGUUAUCUCGAGCAACGACCCGAACCUGGGUGUGGUGGCACCGACCAUUGCUCUUAAGACGCAGCUGCACUUCUUCCACCUGCAUCCGCGCGGCGACUUCCGUCUGCUUAAGUCGUUCGACAAUAAGACUUGCAACACCCUCUUCUGGUCGCCACGAGGCCGCCACCUGCUCGCUGUUACCCUGGGCUCGUCGUCGAAGUUUGAUCUGGAAUGGUACGAUGUGGACUUCAACAGCGACGCGCGCCAGAACAGCUCGAGCGAGAUGAUCGAGGAGGUGAAGCUGAUCGGCAGUGGCGAGCACUACAGCAUUACGGACGUCGAGUGGGACCCGAGUGGCCGCUACGUCACCACCUCUUCGAGCUUCUGGCGUCACUCUAUGGAACAUGGGUAUGUGAUCUGGGACUUUAGGGGCAAUGAGCUGCAGAAGAAUGUGAUGGAGCAGUUCAAGCAGAUUCUGUGGCGUCCUCGGCCCAAGACUCUCCUGAGCAAGGACCAGAUGAAGAAGGUGCGCAAGAACCUGAAGGAGUACUCGAAGAUCUUUGAUCAGGAAGACCAGGAGGCAGAAAUGAGCCAGGCCCUGGCUCACAAGGAGGAGUACAAGCGCAUGCUCGAUGACUGGAAGGCGUGGCGCAGUCACGGCCGCGAAAAGCUCCGAGCCGCGAGGAAGGAGCUUGGCAUCGAUUCGGCGAUCGUCUCGAGCGCCUCGCAGCUCGAAAAGGAAAGCACGGAGGAGGUGCAGGAGUGGGUCGAGGAGGUACUCGAGGAGAAGGAGGAAGUAGUUGCGUAA